GAACGUGACCCGGUGUGAUGUGCGGACUCUGUCUUUACACCAGCACCCUUCCCCCGUCCCAGCUCCCAGACCCCCCUCGCUGGGUUAUUUUGAGGAGGACUUCUUCACAGCUGUCGGUGCAUGCGUUGGCAGCAGAGGUCCUAACCCUCCACGCUUCACGUCUUCUCCCUCAGCACCGCGGCCCCGUACUCGCUGAGAAUAAUGGAGAGUUGCCCAAAAAGCGGUGGAGUUGCCGUUGUGGCCCCAGAGGCGGUGGCCCUCCCCACGGGUCAAGAGCACGUCGAAGACCCGACGGACGACCUGGAGCAGAGGCUGGAGGACAUCAUUAACACCUACCAGACGGAAGAGGGCGCUGUGGACCCCGAGGACCCCGAGGAGUUGACGGGCACCAAACACACCGACUCCCGCCGGGACCAGAAACUGGAGAAGAAGAUGCUUAAAAACCUGGGUAAGGAAGCCAUGCUACUGAUGCAGAGUCUAAACAAGCUGGGAACUCCAGAACUCAAACUGGAAGCCAUCAUCAAGAAGCACGCUGAGCUGCUGGAGGAGCACCGCGGCGACCAGAAGCAGCUGAAGGUCCUGCAGAAGAAGCUGCUGCAGGUGCUGAAGGAGAAGGACCAGCUGCAGAGCGAACACAGCAGGGCCGUGCUGGCCCGCAGCAAGCUGGAGGGGCUCUGCAGGGAGCUGCAACGGCACAACAAGACCCUGAAGGAGGAGACGUUGCAGCGGUGUCGUGAGGACGACCUGAAGAGGAAGGAGAUCACCACCCACUUCCAGGGCACGCUGGGGGACAUCCAGGUCCAGAUCGAGGAGCACAGCUCCAGGAACACCCAGCUGUGCCAGGAGAACAGCGCCCUGGCCGAGAAGCUCAAGGGACUCAUCUCGCAGUACGACCAGCGGGAGACGAACCUGGAGAAGGUCUUCAAGCACCGAGACCUGAAGGAGAAGCUCCUGGAGACCAAGCUGGCCCAGGCCUCCAUGAUCCUGAAGGAGGCGGAGGAACGCCAUCGGCUGGAGAAGGAGCGCCUGGUGAAGCAGUCGGCAGAGUUCAAACUGCAGUCCAAGAAGAUGAAGGAGCAGGAAGUGGAUUUGAAAAUACAGCUGGCCACCUACUCUGAGAAGUUUGACGAGUUCCAGGGAACCGUGUCCAAGAGCCACGGUAUCUACGCUAGCUUCAAGCAGGACAUGGACAAGAUGUCCAAGAAGAUGAAGAAGCUUGAGAAGGAGUGCAUAUCCUGGAAGUCUCGCUUCGACGGCUGCAACAAGGCCUUGCUGGAGAUGGUGUCCGAUAAAACGCUGAAGGAGAAGGAGUUUGAGCUGUUCACCACCAAGAACCAGAAGCUGGAGAACCUCUGCCGGGCCCUGCAGGAGGAGAGGAAGACGUUGGCCCAGAAGGUGCAGGCGGCUGGGGGCUCAGCACCCGUGGGUGCCGCUCACCCAAAGCCCAAGGAGGAGCAGGAGGGGAAGGAGGAGAAGGAGGAGGAACCAAAGAAACCCGUGGUGGCUGCUGCUCAGAAACCAGAAGGAGAUGCCUUGGUCGCUCCUACUCCUGCUCCGCCUACCACCGCGACUGCACCUCCCCCUGCUCCUACUCCUCUUACCACCGCGACUGCACCUCCCCCUGCUCCUGCUCCUCCUACCACCGCGACUGCACCUCCCCCUGCUCCUCCUCCUGCUCCCGCAGUCGAGAGCCCUCUGGUGAAGGAGCUGAACAGCCUGAAGGCGGAGCAGGCCCGUCUGCAGGAGAUCACCAGCUCCUUCACCAUCUCCCACGUCGUCCCCGGAGAGCUGCUCUUCCAGGACGUGGACGAGAGCCAAUCACAAGGACUCUCUGAGGUCACACGGGAUUUAGCGGAGGAGGACCAAUCGGAAGAGUGCGCUCGGGCCCAUGAAGUGAACGGCUGUGGGCAGGAGGUGGACGGCUGUGGGCAGGAAGUGAACCGCGGCAAACAGGAAGCUGGGGGAGACGGAACCCAGGAGAAGAGAGACCUGGAGAUGGAAUCUGUGGAUUAGAGCGGAAACUAGGAACCCCAAAACAUCAUCGUUACAUAUCAAGAUCUGAUUUCAUUUUCAAUAAAUAAAUUCAUAAAAAGCUGGCCUUUCUGUCUCUCAACCUUCUGUCCAAAUCACCAAAGAAA